AUGAGACGACCGCGCCAUCGUCAUGGACUGCUGACGCUUUUCGUUCUCUCAGCCGUUCUAAAGAGCCCGACAAGAGCUCGUGUCUUCCAGACGGACGGGUGCGAGAAGCCAGCACCGACACUGGCGACGCUGCGACGAAGCGAGGAUAUACCGUCGAACGCUGAGGUUGUGUAUCAAAACUGCACCGUAGUGAAGAUCAGCUCCACGUCCAGCAACGGAACCACGACAAUCGAUGCCACCAAUUUGGAGAUCGCAGCCGUCUCAAGUUUCCCGGCUGUGACCACCGUCGUAUUAUCAGGAAACCAGGUCACUACUAUCUAUGAAGACACCGAGGCCACCGUCAAGACGUUGGACCUGUCGGCGAAUGGACUCAGCGCUUUGGAUGCCUUAUCAAUCCCUAGCAGUGUCUCGAGGCUGUACGAAGACUGCACUGACAACAACUCGAUUAAAGGUUUGGACGGCGGUGAGCUCCCGGACACUGUCACGGCUUUAUCUUUGAAGAAUAAUGGCAUCAUAGUCCUCACCGGCUUCAGAUUUAGCAAUACGCUCGUGAUGCUCGACACGAGUCAGAACACAAUCCACGACUUGUCCAAGUGGCAGAUGCCGACACAGCUCGGAGCGUAUUCGUGUGUCGAUUGCGACAUCGAGAAACUCUCGGGCCUGACGUUGCCAUCCUCCGGCUCACUGACUUCUCUCGAUCUGGAAGGUAGUACCGUUGACUCGUUCGAGAUCGCCAACUCGAGUUUGCCUCUUGUAGGAGGACUCGGUUGGUUUAAACUGACGGUCUCAAGCUCCAGUUGCAGCGACACAAGUGCUACACAACAACAGGUACAGAGCGUACCUGUCUGCGUACUGCCCGACGCAGUGUACAACAGCAAGUUUGUGAUUUCAGACUCGACUGGAGCCCCUGGACCACCACCGAAUGGCUCGCAGCUUCUGGAUAAAGGCGCCGCUGAUACCACUGCUUCAUCUGGCUGGAUGUUGGUGGCCAUGAUCUCUGGCGCUGCGUUACUUUUGGUCGUUAUUGGCGGUGCUGUGGGAUAUCUUGUGUUCCGCCAUCGCCGCUCGAAUGAGAAACUCAAGGACUAUACAGCAGACCGGAGCUCUGGCUUUCGAUCUAUAGCUGAAGCGCGCACAACUACCAACCCAACGAGCCAUACGUUCUUCGAACGGACACUAAACACAGGGAAUAUGGCAGCGGAAGAGCACUCGGCACUGGAUGACACGCUUGUCAGUACCAAACAUCGGAUGAACAGUACCAUGGCGUCUUCCACUUCUACGCAGUCCGCACUACCACUGUCCUCCAGACAUCUGGAGAAUGAUAUUCGCACGGAUCAGGAGAUGCGCCACUUCCGUUUGAUGCACGACGAAGUGAUCCGAGGCAAGUUGAUCGCAAAAGGAGGCUACGGUGCUGUGUACAAGGCUACAUUCCGUGGCAAGACGGUAGUUUCGAAGCAACUCCUGCCCGAACGAGCUCGUGAUCCGAAGAUGCUCAACGAUUUUAUGGACGAGAUCCGGACGUGUGCGUCUCUGGAUCAUCCGAAGAUCGUGAGGUUCCUCGGCUUCACUUUCACCUCGCUAAUGGAUCUGUCUGUAGUGUUCGAGCACAUGCCAAACGGAGAUCUCGCCACGCUCUUGCAGAAGCAACUGAAGCGUGAGACGCGCGAUCCGUCUGCACGUGGCUCGUACGGCUGGUUCCGGUCCACAAAGUCCGAGCGAGGAGGCGUCAAGUGCAAGUCUCUUGUGGCUCUAGAUAUCGCCGAAGCUCUGGUCUAUCUACACUCCUUUGAGAGCCCCAUGAUCCAUCGAGAUCUCAAGCCGAACAACGUGCUGAUGAGCGAGAAAUGGGAGGCGAAACUCACGGACUUUGGCGUGAGUCGGGAACUCACCGAGGAUCGGACGAUGACUGCGGAGAUCGGUACCAUCUCUUGGAUUGCACCCGAAGUUCUGCGUGGAGAGCGGUAUUCCGAGAAGGCGGAUAUGUAUUCCUUUGGCGUCAUCAUGACCGAAUUGGACACGUGUCGUCGACCGUAUUCCGAGGGCGUCCCUACCGAGGACAACCGAGGCGGGAACAUCAAGCACACGAACGCCCGGAUCGCUGUAUUAGUUAGUGCAGGCAAAUUGAGGCCGUCGCUGAGCCCGGACUGUCCGAACAGUGUGAAGGACCUGGUGGCCAAGUGUCUGGACGCCGACCCGAUGAAUCGACCGUCGGCCUUGCAGCUGCACUUCGAGUUGCGCAAUCUGGAGCUCGCACUGGACGACCUCGCGACUACCGGUCGACUGGCAAACCGAGCCAUGUCGGUGCCUCGUACCAACCGCACAGCACCGCGUCGACCGACGUACAGACAAGAGUAUCGGAAGAUCUCCGAGCCGCAAAUUGUACUGAUCGAGGACGACGACAUCGCUCUGCUGUCCAACGAGCGGAGGGACCAUAUGCAGUUUUAA